CGCUCGGCCCGAGGGCCGCCGGCGCGGGCCCGCGGGCCUUCCGCGCCGGCCCCGCGCCCGCUCCCGCGCCCGCUCCCCCGCAUGGCCGCCUCCGGGGGGCGCGGCCGGCUCGCCUGGGGCCGCCGCCGCGGGGCGGGCCUCGGGGGCGGGGCCUUCUGGCUGCUGGCCGCGGCGGCCGCGCCCCUGGGCGCCGGGGCCGUCGACCUCAGCUGGGUCAGCUACUCCGAGGCGGCCGAGCUGCCCAUGUCGCAGAGGUGGCGAGACGAGAUGAAGGACAAGCUGGCCAGGAUAGACACGUCGCAGCUCUCGGCGAAGCAGAAGAUGCAGUUCAAGUCCUUGAUGCGCAAGCUGAAUGGCAGCAGCGACCCCGAGGGGGGUCUGCUGCAGGACGUGUCCGGCUCGGUGGUCCUGAUCUGGCUCCUCAUCGUGGCAGGCGAGCGGGCGCCGCGGCGGGCGGCGGGGGUGGCGGCGCGGGGCGGCCUGGCCGGGCGCGCUGCUGGCGCGGCCGCGGCCGGCGCGCUGGGCGGCAGCGCCCUGGGUGGCCGCGCCUCGAGCGGCGCCGCCCCCAUGCCGAACGCGUGGGCCGCAGGUGGCGCUAGGCCCGUCGACGACGAGGCGCGCCAGGCGCGCCUGCGGCGCUUCGGGUAGGCGGCCCCCCACCCCCGCGGGGGCUGGCGCCGCGGCGGCCGCGGACGUCGGCGCCGGGCAGCCAGAGGCCGCCCCAGAAAGGGCGC